AUGUGGCUUGAUGACAUAGGGAGCAGAGUGGGCUCCCAGCUGUCACGUCCCGUUACCUACGUCAUCACCUCCUUCCUCUCCAUCGCUCUCUACAAUGUCGUGGAGCUAACCUUCAUCCUCUUGCUGACGUUCAAGCGCCGCAAGGGGCUCUACUUCUGGAGCUUCGUUGUGGCUACUUGGGGCAUCGCCAUCUACUCCAUCGGAUUUAUCCUCAAAGACUUUAACCUUGUCGACAAUGCCAUCUCCUACUUCUAUGUCACGCUGAUCGUGGUCGGCUGGUGUGCGAUGGUCACCGGCCAGUCGAUGGUGUUGUACUCUCGUCUUCAUCUCGUCGUGCGGCAUCAUAUCAUGCUCCGGUUCAUCCUCGGAAUGAUCAUCUGCGAUGUCAUCUUAUUACAACUACCAACUGUUAUUCUAUGCUACGGCGCGAAUUCCUCGACCUCUGACAGAUUCGUACUACCAUACGCCAUAUACGAACGAAUCCAAGUGACGGUGUUCUUCAUUCAGGAAUCCAUCAUAUCCGGCGUCUACGUAUACGAGACGUUCAGAUUGCUUCGCUCGGAAGAUGAGGUCUUAGAAGGGUCACACCGAGAGGCUGCGCGGAGGCUGAUGCUACACCUGAUUCUCAUGAAUAUCAUUGUCAUAUUUUUGGACACGGCGAUUCUGGUCCUUGAAUGGGUUGGUCGGUAUGCAGCGCAAACGGCAGUCAAGGGAUUCAUUUACAGUGUCAAGCUGAAGCUCGAGUUCGACAUCCUAAACCAACUGGUCACAUUCGUGUACCACUCUCACACAUCGAAUUCGGGCAACUUGGAUGUAGACAGUUCGUCGAGGAAUCUUUGGGAUAUGAACCAACAAACUGAGCCCAAUACUACUUCUGCCCGCCAUCUCCAUCCUAGGCAUUGCGCUUGGGCUAGCGUGGCCAGCAGAGUGAGACGCGACUUCACUAUCUCCGCUGAGAAGAAAAUGUCCAAGAUCAUACAAUAUACCAGGAAGCAAUCGGAUUCCAGCGGAUCCCCACAAGAUCGGGGUUCAGUGCGUCCAACAUAAGGAGCUGUCUCUGGGCAGGUCCAAAACGGUAUUCUGACAGCUAUCUUGGAGCAAAAAGCGCUAGGAAUAUCGAAUGAUUUCUUGGGGGGUCCCGGUUGAUUCUGGUGUUUAGUCUCACUCAGACAGUGGACUGUUCAAUAAAAUUGUAACAGUCGUCCAGAUGCCACCUACAAAUUAGAUACCUCAUGACACCCAGAUAUCUUCGUCUUGGUUUAUGCAGACAAAAGGGCGCUAAGAGAGCGCUCCUAGAAAGACCAAGCAGGUCCGGAAAUUCUGCUCAGACAAAGAAGAGCGUACCUAACGUUCCUGUGAUGAGCCACAUAUCUGAAAUAUAAAUUUGAAUCGGGAGGUCUCAGAUCAUUUUCCGUGCCAACCUUUC